AUGUUGACCUACGCCAGCUCGUCAAGUGACGACAACAUUACAUCCUCCACUGUCAACAGCACAACAGCCCCUGCUGUUAACAGCACAACAGCCACAGACUUUUGGUCGGACAUCCAUGUCUGCGACUUCCUGAAUAAUGUCACCGACAACAGAGUGACCGUGACCUGCGGCAUUGACCUCUUCCUACCGCCAUUUCUGUUCGUUAUCGGACUCGUCAGUAACUUGCUGGUGGUGCUUGUCAUGCGCAGUAAGUCCUUUCGGUCGCUAUCCACUUCCUUCUACAUGAUCGUCAACGCGGUGGUUGACUCCUCCAGCAUCCUCGUGGCCCUGCCUAUUCACUACAUCUUUGUCAAUGUCCCUCACGCCUUUGCUGAAAUACGGGACUUCCACGCGACUUGGGAAUUCUCUAUCGCCAUUAAGUACCCACUGAAAGCCUACAAGCUCUGCACCACCCGGAGAGCCAAGUUUGUGGUGGCAGGGUUGACCAUAUUUGAGCUGGUGAAAGUGUCACACUUGAUCUUCAAGUCCCGCAUCGUGACAGACACCCACAGUAGACUGUGUGACGUGGACCAAAAGGACGCCGUCUACGUCACCUUCUACCAGGACGUCUGGCCGUGGCUGCACUUCUCUAUGCUCAUCGUCUCGUAUUUUAUUGUCAUGGCCGGUAACGCCCUCAUCUUCAUCAACAUCCACCGCUCCAACCAUUUGGACACCGGUUACGGCGCUGGGAGAAAAAGUCUCCGCAAAAGUUUUCACUCAGGAAGCAAGAGCAAGCAGAUCUCUCUAAUGCUAAUGAUCGACUCCUUCACCCUGGUCUUAUGUACGUUUCCUUUCGCAAUCAUCAGCAUCAUCUCGUCUCAGUCUGAAGACAUCUUUGACCUGCCUGGUGGCAAAAACCUGGCCUACACUGUGACCUUUUACCUACUCUAUGUCAACAGAUGUCUUAACUUGUUUCUGUACUGUGUCAGCGGAUCAAGGUUCAGAGUCGCCCUCAAGGAGAUAUUUUUCACGAAAGCACGUGCACUGGCAAUGGAACGCUCAGCUAGUCGCCACGAACGUUCCCUGUCUGUCUCCAGGAAGCCGGAAGAAAUUAACCGUGAUACUACUGCACACGAAAUUAAUUAUGGGGACAAGAAUCAAUCAGACAAGGGGCAGAGAAACAAGAAUCAAUCAGACAAGGGGCAGAGAAACAAUAAUCAAUCAGACAAGGGGCAGAGAGACAAUAAUCAAUCAAGAAAGGGGCAGAGAGACAACGACUAA